CAUUCCAGCGCCUACUCACUCUCGGCGUGGAAGUGAUCUAUUUUCGUUUCUCUCCUCGUGUCUCAAUUAAUUUAUCCUUAAAAACGUGGUGAUUUAUUACCUAAAAUUCAUUAAUAAAAAAUGUGUGAAAAAUCCAAUGAAAAUUGCUGUAAUUUCGUCAAUUUCCUAAAACAACUGCGGUGUCAUCUGUCGGCCACCGACGAUGUUACAUCCUUAUCGCGACGUUUCGACGCGCUGAAUUCGAAUUUUGAACGAGUAAAUUUUGUUGUGGAGUUGGUAAAAUCAGCAAAAAUAAACAUCGAAUUACAAAAAGACGUUAAAAGUGAUGAAAUUGCGACGAAAUUUCGCGAACAAGGUAACGAAAUGUACAAGAAGAAAAAACUGAAAGAAGCGUGGGAAUUUUACACGAAAAGUGUGUGUUAUGCGGAGGAAAACAGCGUGAAUUUGGGGCUAGCCUAUGCCAAUAGGUCGGCGGUUUUGUUUGAAUUGGAUUUGCACAAGCAGUGUUUAAUGGACAUAAAGCGCGCUUUGGACCACAAUUAUCCCCAACAUCUUAAACCGAAAUUAUUUGUAAGAGAAAAGAAUUCGAAAAAUACGGAAAUUGAAGCUUUGACUCCACAUGAAGCGAUCCCAAUUGUUACAAACAACAAUCCGAGAAUUCAGAGCGCUAGUGAUUGUAUUGCCGUACAAGAAGAGGAAAAUUGGGGCCGAUUUGUGGUGGCCACUAGGGACAUUAAAAUCGGGGAAGUACUUGCUGUGGAAAAACCGUUUGUUGUUUUUGUAGUCAACGAAUUUUUGAAUCAUUGCCAUGAAUGCACUUCUUUGUGUUAUAACUUAAUCCCUUGUAAAACAUGCACUCAAGCAAUGUAUUGUAGCGAAAGUUGCCGAGAUUAUGCUUUUGAUAAGUACCACAAGUAUGAAUGUCCGAUUCUUGCAACUCUCCGAUUUUUACAAUUCGAUAAACUUAAGUUAUUAGCGUUAAAAAUCGCACUUUUGGUCCGAAAUCGUUACAACGAAAUUGACAAUUUGGGUAAAACCCUUGAUUUUUAUCGAUCAGAUUGUUACAAAGAGAUUCACAAUUUGGUAUCAAACACCACGAAACGGUCCGUAUCAGAUCUAUUCGAACGGGCCACAGCUGCAGCUUUAAUUUAUGACUUGGUCAAGACCCACACGAAAUUUUUCACUGACUUUAAUGAAACUACUUUUAAAGAAGUUUUAUUGCUGCAUAUGCAAACUGGACCUUCCAAUUUCCACGAAAUCGUCGAACUUGUACCCAAUUCUAGUGGUACUUACGAACCCGAAGAGAUAGCAAGUGGCGCUUUUGCCUUUUUGAGCCUUUUGAACCACUCUUGUUGUCCCAAUGUGGCCCGAUUUUCCUACGGCUCUACUCUAGUUCUCCGAGCGAUUCAAAAUAUCCAAAAAGGGGAGCAGUGUUUUGAUAAUUAUGGGUAUCAUUUCGCUUUGAUGGAUAAAAACGAGCGCAAAAAACGCCUUCAAAGUCAGUAUUACUUUGAUUGCGUUUGCAAGGCUUGUGAAAAUAACUGGCCUUUGUACGACUCUUUGCCCAGUUUUGGUAAACACGAAAUUGAAGAUUCUAUCUUUUCGAAAUUGUCAUCGGGUGAUGUUGAGACUGCGGAGACUGUUGUGAUAGAUUUAUGUGCGAAAUUAGGGGAAUUACAGAAAUUGCAACCGUGCAAGGACUUUUGCCAACUGCAGGAAAUUGUAAAACAGUGUUUUGUUGUGAUGGGUAAUAAAAGAAAGAUAUUUUAAAGUGUUGUUAUUAAAUAAAUGAUGGUAUGCUU